CUGUCAUUUUCCCGGGAAUCUCCGCACCACGUGACUCGCCCGGCGCCUCGUGUGCAGCUCCUCUCUCCGAAUCAAAAUGGCGGCGCCGCAUGGCGUAAAACCGAAGGAUUUAAAGUGCGAUUUUACGGACCACACAGCAGCACAGGCGAAUCGGGACUCUCAGGAUGAAUUUGGAAAUCACGAUGCUCCUGUCUUUGAGCUGGACGUCGGAAGGAUUUCUGAUGCUCUUCACGGAAGCCUGGAUCCGUCCAUUUUAUCCAUGUUUCAGGAGAAGAGGCUGACGGAGAGCGUGGAGAGCGAGGCGUCGCUGUUGUCCGCUCUGACCGAGAUGUUGGACAGCGUGGACGUCGAGACGCUGUCUCCGUUCGACACGCUCCCGGACGCAGAGAUCUUCGCCGCUCAGAAUGGUUCAGAUCACACGCUCAGGAAUCUGCUUCAUUUGAGCCAGACGUCUCCGGAUCGGUCCAAAAACUCAGGAAGAGAGGUUGUGAUGUCUGACAGACAGUUGAGACCUCGUCGGCGUUUCCUGACCCAGAGUGAGAUUUCCCAGCGAGACGACGAAGAAGAUGAGAAGAAGAAGAAGCGCCGCUCUGUGAGAACCUUCCGGAUCGAAUCCGAUCUCGUAUUCCCACAGGACGGACGUGAGUUACUGGCAGAAUUAGUGAGACACAUGCAUCCGUACUGCAUCAGGACACACCUAGAGAAGGAGACGCGAGCGUCUGUGGAGCAGGAAGAGGAGGAGUUUAUUGAUGUAGAAGGUUACGAGGAACAGGAAGAGAACAUGCUGGACCAAUCAGGACACGGAGAAGUCUUGACAGAACAAGACAAAGAACCCAAUGCACAGGACACCAACAGCCAGGAAGAAAAUGUGAGAUCUUUAGAGCAAAGCGUUAAGAUGACACCUCAACGCAGCGCUUUAGUCAAACCCGGCGUUGUGGAGAUGCGAAGAAAGAAAACGGUGACUUUCGCGUGUAAUCUAAUCUCCGUUCACGAGAUUCCUCCUGAUGAUGAGGAAUCUGAUUCUGAAUCUACAUCCUCUAAAACUGACAUCACUUCCCCUCAGAAGCCCAAAGCGCUCAGUCUAGAUCAGUACCGUCUCCUCAGACAGAAGAAGCCUCCUCUGGAGGAGAAACGGAUGGACUUUCGAACCAAAUGGCCGUCGCUUCCCGACCUUCCCAGCGAGCUUCCGCCAAUCCUGCUGGAUCCAAACACAUCUUCUGGUGAGAUAUCACCAGCUGUUAAAGUGAAAACACCUCCAUCCCAGCCGCCCGGGGUCUCACGUCUCUCUCGGAAAGACGGCAGAAAGGCUGUGGAGCUUUGCAUUGACCCUCCAAACCCGGUGUUAGUGCCCUUGAAACCCACACGAUGCAUAAACACAACCCAAGCAGCGCCGCAGAACGCCUCAGAACCAGACGUCUGUGUUUCAUGUGAAGAGGUUCGAGUCUCUGAGCUCGUGCCAGUGACAUCUGCUUCCAUCUCUGUGGACAUCAAACACAAAACUUCAUCUGAAAGGACACGACCGUCUGUCCGGAUGCCCACGACUGUCACAGAGAAGCAGAAGCAGAAAACCGGUGCAGAAAUCGGGAUUGAAGCCGCUGAUCUGACCAGUCUUCUGGAGCAGUUCGAGACUCAAGGACUGACUCCACCCGCUACACCUCCACAUCAGAUCUGGAGACCCCUGGCGUCGCUCAAAGGGACCAAACAUGAAUCCAUCAAGCCCUCGCCCAGCAAACCCAUCCAGAUAAUCGAACCUCGGCCACUGCCGCCCAGUAAAACUCACCUCAAACCAUCCCUUCCCAGCUCCUCUCCAGCGGUGGAUCCCACUCCAGCGUUCCUGGACCACGACUACUGUGGGAUUCAGAGCAGGGAGACGUCUUCGACGCACACAAGCGCUCUGUCCGAUUCAGUGCUGCUGUCUCCUGACAGCUCCCCCUGCAGGAUGGAGGCGUUCCAGGAGGCGGAGUCUCUGAGGGGGCGGGGCUUGCACAUCUCCUCCCGCUCUCUGAGCCCAUUGGACCGCGGGAGGCUGAAGAGGCGGGGCUAUGAUGGCAGAUACCAGCGCUCCAGCUCGAGGUCAUGCUCCCCGUGUUCUUCAUCUUCAUCAUCAUCAUCAUCAUCUUCUCGUUCCAGGUCUCGUUCGCCGCCCAGAACAAGGUACAGGUCCAGAAGGCAUUCAGGAAGCAGUUCCUCCUCGCGCUCCAGUUCACGCUCGUCUUCUCGUUCUCCUCCUCGCAAGCGAGAACGCCGCUGCUCCAGAUCACGAUCCGGAUCGUCACACCGCUCUCGUUCGGGUUCGGGCUCGCGCUCGCCUGAGUCUCACUGCAGAUGGACGAGUCGCAGAGAGAAGGAGCUCAACCGCAGACACGAGGAGGCUCGUAAACUCCGGCAGCAGAAAGCCAUCGAGGAGCGGAGGGUGGUGUAUGUGGGAGGGAUCCGUAGAAGCACGUCUCCGUCGGACCUCAGAGAUCGAUUCUCUCUGUUCGGGAAGGUGGAGGACUGCACGGUGCAUCUCAGGAGCCACGGAGACAACUAUGGCUUCAUCACGUAUCACAGCACAGACGAUGCUUACGCUGCUAUUGAGAACGGCAGUAAACUGAGGCGUCCAGACGAGCUGCCCUUCGACAUCUGCUUUGGCGGCAGACGACAGUUUUGUAAAUCCAACUAUGCAGAUUUAGAUUCCAGCCGGGAUGUGGCUCCAACAUCCAGGAGCCGAUGCGAGUCGUUCGACUUCGACACGCUGCUGAAACAGGCUCAGAGAGGACUGAAGAGGUAGCAGCAGAGAAGAUGAUGUUCAUGGAUCAGAGACUCAGCAUUACCUCACAGCACUGAUAACACGUGACUGGUUCACACGGAGUUAAAUACAAGUCAAGCUCUAUUAACAGCAUCUAUUAUAACUCAUAUAAACCAGAAUCACAGUCGUACAGAUGGAGUCCAGAGAGCUGCGCUUGGGCCAUUUGCACUUCACUAAACUGACUUUGCUUUCAGCUCUUUCUUACUUGACACUUAAAACUUCUACUGAAGUACUUUUGCGUAUUCAAUUUUGUACAUAAGAAUGGAACGGCAUUAAAGGAUGAAACGGUCAUUAUGAAAGGAAAUUGAAUGGUUUAUGGUUUGUCUUCUGCAUAUAUAAAUAUAAACAUACAUAUACAACCUGAGUUUUCUGAAGUGAUACCAAAAAAACAACAACCUGUUUUUCAGUUGGAAUGGCAAUACUUUACUUGAAUAAAAAUGUUUAUGUAUUAA